GCCUUAGUAUAUGUCAGAAAGUUUGUAUUUCAUCUUGUUUUUGGCUGCAGAUAUAUGAUUCACUGAAAAGUAGUAUACAUGAAGGUGUAAAAGGCAGUUGCCAAAAGUUCUAUUCCAACUUGAGUCUGAAAAUUAAACAUGACUUCAAAGAAAUCGACUGGCAAACUAGAAGUAGACGUUCAGAAACUACGAGACGAAGGCUGUUGGAAGAAAUUGAUUGAGUUAACGGAAGGCGGGAAAGUUGGAAUAAAUGAUCAAUUAGCAAAUUUCUUACUUGGAGAAGCCAAAUUGGAGCAAUACCUUGAAGACCACACACCAUAUGAUGCAGCAAAUCAAACACAUGCAGAAUUAAAAAAUGGGCUGCAGGAAGCUAAACAAUAUUUAACUCUACCAGCAGGAAUCGAAGGUUCAAGAACAACAGGAUCCAUGGAUGCUCAAUUGUUAUUAGCAAAACUACAUUUUGCCUGUGGAGAAUACAUUGAAGCUUUGCAAUUCCUUUCUGAGGCUGGCUUGGAUCAACUAACUGAGAAACCCCUACCAGUUCGGAGUCUCAAAAUUAUUGCAGAGUCUUUUGCUGUUCAGGCAUUAGCAUUGGAAAAAAUUCCUCCAGGUUCAACAUAUGGAAAAAAUAAUGAUAGUAGAGAGCAACAAAUUCUUAGAAGCAUGGAAAUAGCUGGAGAUAUUGCAUUGCUGUAUCUGCAGGAGCAAGAUAAGUUACAAGGUCAGAGCAAUUGGAGUAUUUCAACAACAGGAUCAAAUUCGCCUCUACCUCCUUUGACUGAGCAAAGAAUAGGAAUGUUGCUGGAAACAGCCUUGUUGAGGGCUCCGCUAAUUCACAUUAAGGCUCAAAGGUGGAAUGAAGCAAUUGCAAGAUAUCGGACAGUGCUACGCGCCAUGGAAUCUUCUGCAACUCAAACCCUUCGCUUGACGUUUGCCAGACAAUUGGCAGAGGUCUUACUUCGCAAAGUAUGCCAGGCAAACUACGGGGCUGUGGGGUCUAAAGGACCAAACAGUCACUGGAAAUCAAAAUACUAUUCUGGUUCUAGCCUAUUCUCACCGCGUGACGUUAACGAAGAAGUUUUUCUUCUCAUACUUUUAAGCGAGGCCAUGGCGGUGCGGGAUGCGGUUUUGAGCCAGUCACCAGAGUUUCGUGAGUUGCGCAAGGCCUCGAUGCGAAACGCAACCGUCGUUUACGAUUUGUUGAUUGUUUGCUGCAUUCAACAUGGCCAGACCGCCAUGCUUUGUGAAUCACUUGAAAGAGCUCUGAAGUUCUCUUUUGAAGACGCUCACAUCUGGUCGCAAUUUUCCUAUUCACUCAUAGCGGCAGGAAAAUUCAACAAAGCCGUUCUAGUCUUGAAGGAAGUUGCCAGGCUGUGCCCACAAAAUCCGUUACCUUGCUUGAUGGCAGCCAAGGUCUGUUUGGAACAUCUGAAUCUUGUCGACGACGGGUUCAAUUUGGCUUCAGAAGCGACUAAGCGAGCAGAGGCGCAAGAUUCAAAUGUCGCUGCCAGGGCCUGCUUGAUUAAAGGGAUUGCCAGUUUCAUCAAGUGGCGUCAGAGCCGCAUUCAACCCCUGAAGCAGAACUGGAUGGCAGUCUGCCUGAAGUCACUGUGCGAUGCAGCCGAACACGAUCCUAAUGAUCAUCUUGUUCAUUUUUACUUGGCCCUGACACACGCCUUUUGUCGCCAGGUGUCACAGGCCUUAGCUGAAGUACGGAUGGCUUUGCGUUUGCGAGGUGAACACCUUCCGUCUUUAUUGCUACUUUCGCUUUUACUUUCUACGCCAGCCGCGUCACCAUCCUCGCAAAUGUCUUCCUCUUCAAAUGCUAGUAUUGAUGACGAGGAGGAAUCACAUGUUAACCAAUGUCAAGGAGCACUUUCGCUAGCGGAAGCAACGUUAGAAGAAUACCCCAACAAUUUCGAUUUACUCUACAUCAAAACGCUGUUGGAAGAACGUUGUUUCGGAGGUGAAGUUGCGCUCGGCACCGCUAAACAUAUGUUGGCAUUGUGGAAGCAACUUUAUGAGGAUUCUUCCUCAUCAGGAGCCAACGUGACAAGUGAAAAUAAUCCGAACGUCAGUCAUAGUUACAGCAACUACGAUACCAGAAGUCUGGCAAUGAGCGCAGUUUCCGCACAGCACAUUUCCGAAGCCAACGAACGUGAAAGUUCCAUUUACGCCCAGUCGGUAGCGGCAGCUCGUGCAGAGCAAGCUUUGUCGGACGUCACGUCAUCGAUGUGCUCGAGCCUACCAAAACCAGGACCGGCAUGGCAAGUGCAGCUUAAGAUCUGGCUUCUAACUGGAGAGCUUUACGUUAGACUAGGAAAAUGCGAAGAGGCACUAGCAUGUGCGCAGGAGGCUGCCAUUCUGAGUCCGGCUUCUCAUCACGUCAUGUAUUUGCGUGGACUUAUUCAUGAAACCAAGAACGAGUUUGCAGACGCCAAGACAUAUUUUAAAAAUGCCACAUCUCUGAGCCCAUUUCACAUCCCUAGUCUACAACAUCUGGGUCUCUGCGUCCACUAUCUGGGCAGUCAUCGCCUAGCAGAGAAAACGCUUAGAGAAACUGUUCGCCUCGAUCCUGUAGCGGAAACCUCAUGGUAUAACCUGGGAAAAGUGUUGGAAGCAAUGGGGGACUAUGACCUAGCAGCACGUAGCUACUCUACAGCUUUGGAGGUCCAGCAAAGUAGUCCGAUCGCCCCGUUUAGUGCUGUUCCGUUAUGUUUUGAAUAGGUUUAUUGUUGGUUUUCCAGGACAUUUUUUUUGUGUCUGCAUUGUUAAUCGCUUUAGUAGUAAAAUAAACUACCACAAGUGUCA